UAAGAGCAUUGGGUACGAAGAGUUUAAAGAAUAUGUGAUGUUGCAUUAUAGAUCUCUUCUAAACUAAUAAUCAAUAAGAAAUUAAUAUAACUAGAUCUAAGUUUGGUUCUUUUAUUAUAUUUCUACUAAAAUUACGUUGUUACCAAGCAUUUUAACAAGAUUAGUAGUUAGUUUUGAGGCCGUGAUAGUUGUAGUUGCUGGCUGUAGAUGUCGCUGCUGGGGCAGAUACUGCUCUAUUUUCUUCUCAUUUAAGAAUCGUGGAAAGAAAAAUCGGACUCCGGUCGCCGGGGAUUUGAACCCGGGUCCCGAACGUUCGUAACCUAAGGCGCUAACCACUGCGCUGCCGUUGUCCGACACUAGUUAUCUUCCGGUGGUAUUUGCUGUCGAGUGCCGCCACAGUUUCAUAACUAUUGUUCGCGUAAGAUAUCAUUUCGCCAAUAUACAUAUACAGAUUUUCAAUAUGCUGGAUUUUAUAUAUGGAUUUUACUUAGUAGGCAUAACGAAUUAUGUUUUCGAAUGUUAUAAUCUUCUUCCCUACGGCCUGUACAAGAUAAGCUGCUAUCCAUCUAUCGUUCGAUUUAAGGAACCCUGUGUACCCCGCUGCUUAGACUCACCUACUUUCGUUCCUGUAAAGAAGGUUGCUCGGCACAGAGGUAUUUUGGAUAAUAUUUAAUUCUCAAUAACUAAAAAAGGAAACCGAAAACACGAUCUUUUUAUUCUAGAUUUUCAUUAUAUUUUAACUUCAAGUAUCGCCCCUUAAAUAUUUUUACACCUGUAGCCGAAUACACUAUAUAGCAGCUUAUUGAUUAAUAUAAUAUGCGUAUAAACCUUUGGACGAUGCGUUACAAAUAUACAACGCAACAAGUAAUUGGGUGUCACUGCAAUGUCGAUCGCACACAUAUGUAUGCUUCUUGCUCGUAAGAUAUUAACCACCAAAAAAUUUUCGAGGAAUAAAUUGAUUGAAAACCUGCUGCUAUCGCCGAUCGUCAUCGACUAAGGUUGUGUCACAACCAGUGAGGUCGAUAUUUCAGGGUAACCACAGGUUUUCAAUUCCCAACGCAAAUGAUUGACACUCUAGCAACCGAUGGCCUAUUAUUUUCACAUCUACGACAUGGUUAUUAUUCGAUGUCGUGCUACCCAACAUUGUGCUAUAAUGCAUACUUGCCGGUAAGCAAACCGUCAAACUAAUUCGAUGGUAAAAAUUACAUGCUUUCACAGACAUCGGGUGAAGGGAUAUAAGUGCAUUCGUAGGAUCCAUUUCAAUUUCUCGGUGUACAAUAUAAAGAACAACUUUCAUACUUCAUACUUCAUACAACUUUGUUAAAUCACUUUCGCCGCCUCGUUUGCUAAUAAGUCGACUGUAUUAGACAGAUCUAAGAAAUUUAAAUAGUAAGAGAAAACUGAAUAUAUUCUAUAUUGUUGCUGACUGUGGAUUCUUUUACAAUUAUACGAAAUUUAAAAAUGCAAAAUUUCAUAGAUUUCUCAUAAUAUACCAAAAUAUAUUAAUUUUAAUCGGUAAAGCGAAUCUCUAUAUAAGUUCCAUUUCAUUACUUGUGUCCAUAAAGGUACAAAUUUGUACAAAAAUUUGAUAUCAAAUUAUGAUUAUUGCGGUAACUCGGUGUUAUAAUUCACUGACUAUAAAUGUUUCAAAUACCAAAAAAUAGAUGUCGAAAUAAAUUUCUUAUUUUAGCACAUCAUAUCAUUUUCUCUUUUUCUUCUUCAUUCUACCAUAUUUUACAUUACGAUAUCAAAUUCAACGUUGAGUCACAUUUUUCGAUAAAAGACUUGGAUUGUUAGUUUAAACGGCAAUGUUCAGUGUUUCAGGCAAACAACAAGCAAGAUUUUAAUGUGUUCGAUAUUAGCUACCAUAAGCCGCUUAAACAGUAUCUGUCAAUUUGUGGGAUAAAUCCGUAUCAGGAAGAUCGUACCAGUAAUAUUAUAGUAAUUGCAAUAAUGUGCGGUUUUAUAAGCUUCUUUGGUCCAACGUCUAUGCAGCUAUACGAUGCCAUACGUAACAAAGAUUUCGAUAACGUCAUCCUGAAUUUACCGCACAUACUUACAGUACUUAUCAGUGUUGCAAAAAUACUAAACAUCUAUUCCAACAAAACGCUGUUUAGAAAAUUAUUUAAUUCCCUGGAAGAAGAUUGGAAAUUACUGGAAUCAAAAAAUGAAUUACAAAUGCUAGAUAAAUUUACCAAACACGGCUAUAAACUUGCAUGUCUGUACAGAAGAACGUUAUUAAUAGCUCUCGUAAUAUUUCUGUCCCUUCCAUUAUAUAAUCCCGUCCUAGAUAUUAUUAUACCAUUAAACGAAACCCGACAACGAAAUAAUGUAUUUCAAGUUCACUAUGGUGUCCUAGAUAACGAAGAACACUUCUACAUCGUGUAUGUGCAUUUAUCUCUUUGUGCGAUUAUUAUCGUGGUAACGAUAAUCUCGGUAGAUUCGUUAUACAUUACUAUUAUUUAUCACGCUUGCGGAUUAUUUGCAGUAUGUGGAUCCCAGAUUCAGAAAACUGCAGAAAAUAAUUUUGUCGAGAAAAAUGGUACUAACAUACGCAACAUUGGAUACGAUGCUUUCAAAGAAUGCGUGAUGAUGCACUAUAAAUGUCUUCAACUUUAUGACGUCCUCGAGAAAUGUUGCCGGAAUUUGUACUUGAUUACGAUGGUGCUGAAUGCAAUCAUUCUCAGCGUAACAGCUGUUGAAGUAAUUGUGUUCUUGGACCGACCGGCAGAAGCCAUCAGGGCUAUUGUCUACCUCAUAGCAGAACAAUUUCAUUUGUACAUGUUUAGUCUACCAGGGCAAACAUUACUGGAUCAAAGUGUAGAAUUGGCCAAUAAAAUAUAUGACUCGGAUUGGUAUAAAAUACCGACAAAAGCUCAAAAGGUAUUUUACCUAAUGCAAGUGAGGUCCAACAAACCGUGUAUAUUGACAGCAGCGGGGAUAUACGAGAUGAACAUUGAAAGUUUUGGAAUAACUGUUAAAGCUUGUAUGUCGUAUUUCACCAUGUUCUUGUCACUGAGAGAAUAAUCGUUCGUACCUACUCGAAAAUAUUCGUUUCUAGUAAUUUUAUGGUUUAAUGACAACCCAAUCUUACAUUUUCUAAGAGUU